GCGUGAAUUUACGAAGCACUCUAAGUUAAGUGUCCACUUACGGAAAGGCGCCUAGCUAUACAGUCGGACCGGGAAGUGGCCGUUCUGACUGUACAGUUAGGGGCGUUGUCGUAUUUGGACACUAACCUUACAGUGCAAUAUCACAUACAGUAUUGUUGUGGAAACUAUUUUUUCAAAACCAUUGUUACAGAUAAAAAAUCUAAAAUGGAAUGUAUAUAGAAGCUUCGAUGAUACACAGGAAAGACUGAAGAUCGCCUAAAGCCACAGAAGCCCAUGAUGAUGAUGGAUUGCCUCACACAUUGGAACAUCUUGUUUUUAUGGGCAGUGAAGACUUUCCAUACAAGGGUGUUUUGGAUUUAUUGGCCAAUCGUUGUUUGGCUUCUGGCACGAAUGCUUGGACUGACACUGACCACACCUGUUAUACAAUGACAAAUGCCGGGAGCCAGGGAUUUCUAAAUCUGAUGCCAAUAUAUCUGGAUCACAUUCUGUAUCCUACACUCACAGAAUCUGGAUAUAUAACGGAAGUUCAUCAUAUAAACGGGAAUGGAGAGGACGCUGGUGUAGUUUAUUGUGAAAUGCAAGGCAGAGAGAAUUCUGGAGAGAGUAUUACUCACCUGGAACUCAUUCGUGCCUUGUACCCUGGUCAUUGUGGGUACAAGUCUGAGACGGGUGGAGUCAUGAAAAACCUACGAGAGAGCACAUCACAUAUCAAGGUGUGUUCAUACCACAAGGAAUUCUACCGUCCUGAUAAUUUGUGUUUAAUUAUCACUGGUCAGAUAAAGGCUGAGGAAGUGUUCAAGGUGCUUCAACCAUUUGAGGAAAAGAUUCUGUCCAAGGGAAGCUUAUCAAGUUUCUCCCGACCAUGGCAGUCUCCGGUACCAUCAUUACCAGGAAGUGUAGAGAAGCUGGUGAAAUAUGCUGCUGACGAUGAAACACAUGGUAUUGUUACUGUGGCAUGGAGAGGACCUGCAGCAAAGGAUCAGUAUACAUUCAACAGUGUAAGUUUGUUGUUGGAUUAUCUAACAGACUCGGCGAUAUCACCUUUGCAGAGGGAUUUUGUGGAAAUAGAGGAACCUUAUUGUUCUGAUGUUCAUGGCAACAUGAUAGAAAACUCUGAAAGCAGCAUUUAUAUCAAGUUUGACAAUGUAUUCAAGGAGAAGUUGAAUGCCAUCUUUCCAAGGUUGAAGGACGUGUUACAGAAGAUCGGCAAUGGGUCAGAGAAGGUUGACAUGACGAGGAUGGGCAAUCUCAUUCAAAGAAAAGUCCUUGAUGCUUUGGCUUCAAUUGAGGACAAUCCCCAUAACAAGAUGGCAUCAUUUCUCAUUGGAGACUUUCUCUUCGGAGAUUCACAGGAAGAUCUGGAAGGCCGAGUUCAGACGGUAGAGUUAUAUACAAAGAUGAAAACAGAGCUAGAGUCAUACUGGGUUGGACUGAUUAACAAAUACAUGAUAGAUAAAAAUCAUGUUCUGAUCAUAGGAGAGCCCAGUAAAGCAGAGCAGGAACGGCUUGCUAGAGAAGAAAAUGAAAGGGUGGAGAAACAGAGAGAAGCCCUUGGAAAAGAUGGUCUCCAGCAGAAAUCUGACCAGUUAGAGAAGGCGACAGAAGAAAAUGAGAAAGAGGCCUCAGAUUCUGUACUAACUAGUGUAGAUGUUCCAAAUGUGGAUUCCAUUAAUUUCCAUCCCAUAGUUCCCAGCUGUAACAGGAAACCUGAACAAAGUGCAAAGGACUCUGGGAAACAAAAUGCUGCAUUUCCAUUGGACAAUAUUCCAUUCAGGUUUCAGCUGGAUGAUGUGCACACAAACUUUGUGCAGAUGCAUGUGAUGUUAGAUUCUACAUGUUUACCACAAGAUCUGAAAUAUUUCCUGCCUCUGUAUUGUGAAUUACUGUUUGAGAGUCCAGUUCUUAGAGAUGGAGUUUUGGUAUCACAUGAGGAGAUUAUAUCUCAGUUAGAGGCCGACACAUUGAGUACAGAGUCGUGUAUUGGGGUGGAUGGGGGUAACUUUAGUUGUGGUAGUUUCCCUCAGGUUGUCAAGAUGAAAAUACAGGUUGAGAAAGAGAAGUAUGAACUUGGUGUGAAAUGGUUGCGUGAAAUCCUCUACCAGACAAAGUUUCCUGCGGAUAGACUUAAGGUCGUGGCGAAGCGAAUGAACAAUGACAUCAGCAAAUAUAAACGAAAAGGGAUCGCAGUUCUUAAAGCUCUCUUUCGGAGUAUUGUGUUCUCGCCAGACUGUAACCAUCAAGUAAACAGCAUGUUGAGACAGAAUAGAUUCUUGGAAAAUUUGCUCAAAACUCUGGAAUCUGACCCUAAACAGGUUGAAGAAAAAAUGGAGGAAGUUCGUAGAUUACUUACCAGUCCAGAUAAUUUAACCGUCCACAUGUCCGUAGAUGUUGAAAAGUUGUCAGCAGAUGGCUACAAACCAGCCAGUGUUUGGUCCACUCUGGUGCCAGACAGAAAUAUCUCCCAGAAAAGUAACUGUGUAAUGAAGAAGACAUAUGAGUAUGUGAUACCACUGUCAGAGUGUAAACACAAGUCUGUCAUUGUUGGUGUGGGAUCUGUGGAGUCCUCUUUCCUUAUACAGGCUGCAGAAUGUGUAAAAUCUAGCCUUGACCCGGAUCUUGCAGCUGUUAUGGUAUUCAUACAGUACCUUACUCAGCUGGAAGGGCCGAUGUGGAGACAGAUCCGAGGACUAGGUCUCUCUUAUAAUUACAGAAUGUAUGCUGUACCAGAAUCUGGUUUACUUUACUUUAUAUUGGCAAAGUCUACACACAUUGUAAAUGCAUACAAGGAAGGUUACUCUAUUGUGAUGAAUUACAUCAAUGGUAAAACAGAGUUGAAUGAAAUAGAACUUGAAUCAGCAAAGAGCAGUCUUACAUUUGAAGUGAUUGAGAAGGAAACUACGGUGUCUGAUGUAUCAACACAAUCCAUUUUGGCCUACUUCAAUGAUGUGCCCCAUACAUAUAACAAAGAUCUGCUCAAACUGAUAUCAAAGGUGUCCCUAGACGACCUUAAAAGAGUUGGUGCAAAGUAUAUUGCUAAGUUGUUUGAUGAGAAAGAAGUCCGAAGAGCUGUCUGUUGUAAUCCGUCCAAAGUCAACGAGGUUGUUCAGACUUUCAAAUCGAUUGGUGUCGAGAUGCAAGUUGUGCCUUCCUUGGAUGAAGAAUUUCUGUGUGCCUUGUAGGUCAAGUGUCUCAGUGCUUUAUAAACAUGCUUGGAUUUGUCAACCGAUGCAAGGAUUUUAUUCCCUGUUCAUGCAGUGCAAAACAUGCUAUUAGGGCUUUAUCACUAAUACAACAUACUUACAUGUAGAUGCUGAAAACUAUAUAUGACUGAAAUAUUAUUAAGAACAUCUUUCAUCAUAGCAUUUUCACUUUCCAACUUGUUCAGUGCCAGUUAUUUACUACUACCUAGGCUGUGAAGUGGCCCCAGAAUAUAAACAUUCUUACUGAUAUUCUAUUGUGUGAUUUUUUAUCCGCAUGGUAUCCUAAAUCACAAACGUAUUGUGAAUUUCUUAACACUAAUUAAGGCUUACCCUGAAAUCGCAAAAUGAAGCCAAUGUGAAAAUUGUUCUGUUUACAGUAGAUGAAAUUUACAUGCUUAUAACUUUCGGCUGAGGUUGUACAUGUACAUUAUAUAAAUUUGCUCAACCCUUACCAUGCAAAAUUUCUAUUAUGGACUAGUCCAUCCUCCAAUUUGGGCAGUACCAUUUAUCAUUUGAAGGGGUGUUUACUAAAAAUUUACUGACUGAAUAGCGAACAGUGCAGACCAUGAUCAGACUGCACGGAUGUGCAGGCUGAUCUUGGUCGCAAAGGCAGAAUCACUUGCCGCCAGCAGGCUAAGGGUUAACUGCAGUGGUCUGAAUUUUGACACCUCUGACUCUAUAUUCAAUCUCCCCAGUAGGUUGUCUGCCACUUUCAAAGUACAUGUAAUGUUUUUUUCUUGCAUUAACAGGUAGAACCCCCAGUAACACAUAUCAAUAGAAGAACAAGCAGAACAGUUAAAUUUGAAUAACAAACCAGAUACUAGUAGAUGUGAUUUUUUUUUUUAAAUAUAAUUUAUAAAAUUCCUUUUAACUGUGUCUAGGUUAGCAAGUUCAAGCACUGACAGAAAUUUUUUAACAUUUUGAGAGAAUGUGUUCAAGAUUUUUGAUGCUAUUUUUUCAGAAACAUAAAAAAAAAAGAAAACGAAAGUUCAGUUUCAUACAAUUGUGAAUCUUAUAUGCAAGACUUCCUUUUUGGUGCACAUGCUUAAUUAUAGCAUUAUAUAAGAAAUUA